AUGUGUGGGGGACCACACCUCCAGUCUGCGUGCCCUCAGCUGAUAGGGUACAAGAGGUGUAACAUCUGCAGACGGGACGACCAUUAUGCUAGAGAUUGUCCUACAGUCAGGAGGACAGGACCAUCGCCACGCCCAUCGGGGAGAGUAGUACAUAGAGGUGGCAAUGUCAGGCCGCAAGCAACAGGGAGAGUUUACGCCUUGACUGGAGUUGAGGCAGCCAGUGCAGAUGUGUUCCCCGAAGAAGUUCCUGGUCUACCUCCUCCGAGAGAGGUAGAGUUCUCUAUAGACUUGGUCUCAAGAGUAGGACCAAUUUCUAUAGCCUCUUACCGGAUGGCUCCAGCAGAGUUAGCAGAGUUGAAGAAGCAAAUUGAAGAGCUGCUAGAGAAGCAACUAAACAAGCUCACUAUUAAGAACAAGUACCCCUUGCCAAUGAUAGAUGACCUGAUGGAUCAAUUAUAUGGAGCUAUAGUGUUCUCCAAGAUAGACUUGCGGUCAGGAUACCAUCAAAUUUUGGUGAAGGCUGACGAUGUACAGAAGACAGCUUUUAGAUCCAGAUAUAGCCACUAUGAGUAUGUGGUUAUGCCUUUUGGUGUGACUAAUGCUCCAGCCAUCUUCAUGGACCACAUGAAUCGGAUAUUUAGACCAUUCUUGGAUAAGUUUGUCGUAGUCUUUAUAGACGACAUUCUCGUCUAUUCCAAGACUCGAGAAGAACACGAAGAUCACUUGAGGACAGUGCUUGGGGUAUUGAGGGAGAGAAAGUUGUAUUCCAAGCUAUCUAAGUGCGAGUUCUGGAUGGAAGAGGUCCAUUUCUUGGGACAUGUCAUCUCAGCUGGUGGAAUUGCGGUUGAUCCAACCAAGGUACAAGCUGUGAUGGAGUGGGAAAGACCAAAGACAGUCACUGAGGUUAGGAGUUUUGUAGGCUUGGCGGGCUAUUAUCGCCGCUUUAUUGAGAACUUUGCCAGGAUAGUAGCCCCAUUGACUCAACUGACCAAGAAAGAUCAGCCUUUUGUUUGGACUAAAAAGUGUGAAACUAGCUUCCAAGAGCUUAAGCAAAGGUUGAAAAGCGCCCCAGUGCUAGUUAUUCCAGACACAAGUAUACCUUUUGAGGUUUACUGUGACGCCUCUCAUCAAGGAUUGGGAUGCGUUCUAAUGCAAGAGAAGCGAGUGAUUGCUUAUGCCUCAAGACAACUCAAAGUACAUGAGAAGAAUUACCCCACUCAUGACUUGGAGUUAGCUGCAGUUGUCUUUGCCUUGAAGAUUUGGAGGCAUUAUUUAUAUGGUGCCCAAUUCCGAGUGUUUAGUGACCACAAAAGUCUGAACUUAAUAGAGCGUAUUAAAGAAGGGCAUUUGUUAGACCUCGAGCUUCGGACAUCAGCCGCUCUUAUUGGUACAGAAAAGGGAAAGGACUUAAACACAGGGACAAAUGGUCUCUUGAGGUUUAAGGGAAGGACGUGUGUUCCCAAUGAUGGAGAAUUAAAGAGGCUAUUACUUGAGGAGAGUCACCGAAGUUGUUUUAGCAUACAUCCAGGUAUGACAAAAAUGUACCAAGAUCUCAAGAAGUCAUUCUGGUGGUCUGGUAUGAAGAAAGACGUAGCCCAAUUUGUUGCUUCCUGCCUAACUUGCCAGAAGGCCAAAGUGGAACAUCAGAGACUUGGGGGUCUGUUGCAGCCAUUGGAAAUUCCGGAGUGGAAAUGGGAUAACAUAGCCAUGGACUUUGUUACCCAUUUACCACGCACUUUCAGGAAGCAUGAUGCUAUAUGGGUUAUAAUGGACAGAUUGACCAAGAGCGCCCACUUCUUGGCAAUCGACUUGAGAAUGUCUAUGACAAAAUUGGCACAUUUAUAUGUUAAGGAGAUUGUGAGGCUUCAUGGAGUACCUUCUAGUAUUGUGUCAGAUAGAGACCCAAGAUUCACCUCCCGUUUCUGGCAAACACUACAGAGUGAGAUGGGUAGCAGGCUACAGAUGAGUUCAGCUUACCAUCCUCAAACAGAUGGUCAUUCUGAGAGAACGAUACAGUCCUUAGAAGAUUUGUUAAGAACAUGUAUACUGGAUCAUUUGGGAGCCUGGGAUGAGGUGUUACCAUUGGUAGAAUUCACUUAUAACAACAGCUACCAGGCUAGUAUUGGUAUGGGGCCAUUUGAGGUCUUGUAUGGGAGGCACUGCAGAACCCCUCUGUGUUGGUUUCAGGAGGGUGAAUCAUUAUUGACUGGGCCAGAGUUAGUGCAGCAGACCACAGAGAAGGUGAAGUUGAUAUAA